UCUGGCAAUGGAGGAGUCCUCUUGCAACACGGUGCCCCCGGGGUUCAGGUUCCACCCCACCGAGGAGGAGCUCGUCGGCUACUACCUCGCCAGGAAGGUCUCCUCCCACAAGAUCGACCUCGACAUCAUCCAGGAGGUCGACCUCUACCGGAUCGAGCCGUGGGAUCUCCAAGAGAGGUGCGGCAAGUACGGCGGCGGCGGAGGAGGAGGGCAGGAAGACCCGACGACGGAGUACUACUUCUUCAGCUACAAGGACCGCAAGUACCCCAGCGGCACGCGCACCAACCGCGCCACGGCUGCCGGCUUCUGGAAGGCCACCGGGAGGGACAAGCCGGUGCUGUCCUCAUCCUCGUCGUCUCCGGCGGCCGUGAUCGGCAUGAGGAAGACGCUUGUGUUCUACCGCGGCCGCGCCCCCAACGGCCGCAAGACCGACUGGAUCAUCCACGAGUACCGCCUCCAGUCCAACGAGCACGCACCCACACAGGAGGAAGGGUGGGUGGUGUGCCGCGCGUUCGUGAAGCCGGUGCCCAACCAGCAGCACAGGAUGUCCUACGGCGGCGGAGGGUACCCGACGAUGAACGGCAGCUACAGCUCCGCCUCCAAUUACUACUACUACGACAACCCUAACGCGCGGCUGAUGGUCGCCGGCGGGGGUCCACCACAUGACCAGCAUGUUCUGGCGGCGGAGUCCAAGCAGCAGGUGCAGCUGUUCUCCGCCGACAUGCCGCCACCGCUCCAGAGCCCGACCUUCGACGGUGAGGGCGAGGGCGACAUUUCGCAGAUCAGCGGUGGAUGCAGCAGUGCUGAUCAGCAGCUUGCUGCUGCUGCGGGGACGAUCGACUGGAACCUGUGGAACAGCCUGCUGCCGUCCACGGCGCCACAGCUCUUCCACGGCCAGCCAAUGACGCCGCCGCCCGCAGCCAAUUCAAGCUCCUCAAAGAACACUUAACGAUGUAUCUGGAAGAUUCAGAGUAUCUUGACUGAUUAAUUGUUGACAAUUUGAUCAUACGAUGAAGUAUGUAUGUUUGACGACUACUUGCCAUUUUUACAUGUGGCUAAUUACUUUCCACUUUUGAUUCUAGGUCAUAGGAUAUACAAAUAUACUUACCAUACAUAAUCAUAUACGUAUAUGUAAUUUCGUUACUGGGAUUUCGAACUCAGGAUUGAUCAACCCUAGUUAGCUAGCUAGCUAGUAUUUCCUUUGUCAUGUCAAUUUAUCCAUAUAUAUGUACCUCACAUCACAAGUUCACAACAUCAUUGCAUACUUGCAUUGUCACGAACUCCCUCCGUCCCAAAAUAAGUGUCUUAAGCUU